GAGAAAAGUUAUGAUGUUGGACGUCAGUGCACAUGCCAACAGGUAAUAUAACUGGAUGUUAUUAGAUCACUGUUCGAUGUUGUGCUGUACUUUGCUGAUGAAGGGAAAUUUCUUACGCGGUCUCGGUCGCUAUGUCAAAGUGCCCCGACAGAACGAUACGUUCAACCGAAUUUUUUAUCGAUCAACAUGUUUGUUUAUGUUGUUGGAUUUGAUGGAUGUCUUAUUGCCCACCUAUAAUACCGUUGUUCAUCGCGACAGUCUGAUCUCACUAUGCAUCGUAACACUUUCUCGCGUAUUUUGAUAACGGUACAUCGCCACCAUUAUCAGUUUUUAAUUUCGUAAAUUACAUUGCCAAUUUGCCCGGUAUGGUUAUUUCUAUGAUAAAAUUAUUUUUGAUUAACUGUAUCUUUUUUUUCGAACGAAACUAAGGGCUUUUGAUAAUUUUUUACCUGUAUAUAAAAAAGCACUCGGCAGAUCGAGCUUCCUGCUACGGACGUUUUUCUUUUUGUGAACGGUAAAAAGCAGUAAUACAAAGAGGAUUUAUGAACUCGUUAUACCAUGGAAAAUCCAAAAAUGGCGACAUUAUCCCCACCAUCAGUACGGAUAAUCACAUCACCCUCGACAUCCUCAUCGGAUACGAUCACUUCAACAGCGUCUCGCCGAUCCGACAACGUUCCCUACGGAAUCAGUCUACUUCGCCGCCUGCCGCGUUUCACAUGCUGCCAACGUAACAUCAUGUACCAAGCGCACAUUCUCAUCCUCACCUACAUCCUGUACGUCGCCUACCACAUUACCCGGCGCCCGAUGGGCAUAGUCAAGAACACAUUAAAACAAAGCUGCGUCAACAUGACCCCACCCCCCGACAUCAAAGAAUGUGACCUCCGCAACGGUACCUGGUGUGCCUGGCAGCCGUUUGAUAAAGACAGCGAGAAGCUCUUCUCGGUGAUCGACUUUACCUAUCGGUUCGCUUAUGCCGGCGGGAUCUUCAUCGCCGGGUACAUUGCCGAGCGGACGAACACCCGUAUUUUUCUGGCGUGCGGGAUGAUGGUGGUCGGUGCCUGGUCCAUCGCCAACGGCAUGGCGUACUUCUGGCAGAUCCACGCUUUCUCGUAUUUCGUGGUCUGUCAGUUUUUUGGCGGAUUGUUCCAGGGAACCGGCUGGCCGACCAUUUUGGGACUACUGGGUACGUGGUUCGGUAAGCACCGGCGUGGACUGAUUUUCGGUAUCUGGAACUCGGAUACCUGUGUGGGGAACAUGUUGGGCGCGGUCAUUGCCGGUCUAUGGGUCAACCACCAAUGGGGCUACUCCUUCAUCGUCCCGGGAUUGAUCAUGAUUGGUCUGGGGUUCGUGGCGUUCUUCUUCGUGGUUAACCGACCGGAAGACGUGGGAUUGCAGCACCCGGACUAUGUUGGCCCAUCCCCGCUGAACACCCCAGAGAUUUCUCUUGCGGACAUCGAAAAACUGGAGAAAGACGUCGAGCGAAUCGAGGCGACGAUACAUAAUCCCGUGGAGCAGGAAGCCAUUAGUGUUUUACAUGCGAUACGGAUUCCGGGGGUGGUGGAGUUCUCCUUCAGCUUGUUUUUCUGUAAAGCCGCAUACUAUGCCUUCUUCUUCUGGCUGCCGGUGUACAUUAAGGAGACCUCCCACGGCCGUAUCGACAACCACGCCGCCGCCGACGUCUCCGCGGUCUUCGAUGCCGGGGGGAUUGUGGGCGGGAUCCUGGCCGGGUAUCUGUCGGAUGUCACCGGGGGCAGUGCCACCAUCAGCGGCGGAAUGUUUCUGCUGGCCAUCCCGGUGUUCUAUCUGAUGACCUUAUAUGCCAGUCAGAGUACUGGCGUCCUGAUUGUUUUGUUACUGGUCAUCGGGCUGUUGUCCAUGGGACCGUAUACGCUAAUCACCACCGCGGUGUCCGCGGAGUUAGGGACACGGCCCAAUCUGGUGAAGAACAAGAAAGCUGUGGCUACUGUUGCCGGGAUAAUUGACGGGAUGGGCGCGUUGGGAUCGGCGUUUGGGCCGCUGACGGCCGGGUUAUUGUCGGUGCAUGGUUGGUUGCCGGUGAUAUACAUGCUGAUGGUUGCGCAAACCAUCGCGUUGCUGUGUCUGGGGAGGUUGAUAUACCAUGACAUAAGACGGUGGAUCCGCAAAGGACGCAAAGCGAUUCGGAAGCGGAGAGGCGAACAACGCAAUUAUAAUGUUAAUUCGACGGCAAGCACUUCCAAAUCGUGACUGUACAAAUCGUGCUUUAAUUGUAAAUAUCUUAUCAAAUAUUUUACUUUACGUAAAUUAUUUAUACUCUGGAUUUUGAUAAGGUCGAAAUGCACAAGCAAUUUCAUCACUACUCCUACUGAUAUGCGCCCUUUGUUCCCAUUCGGUGUUUUUCUAUUAAAGGAAA